AUGUCUCUUGAACAGAAGAGUCAGCACUGCAAGCCUGAGGAAGGCCUUGAGGUCCAAGAAGAGGCCCUGGGCCUGGUGAGUGCGCAGGCUGCCGCUACUGAAGAGCAGGAGGCUGCGUUCUCCUCCUCUCCUCUGGUCCCAGGCACUGGGGAGGUGCCUGCUGCUGGGUCACCAGGUCCUCUCCAGAGUCCUCAGAGAGCCUCUGCCUUCCCCACUGCCAUUGAUUUCACUCUAUGGAGGUAAUCCAUUAAGGGCUCCAGCAACCAAGAAGAGGAGGGGCCAAGUACCUUUCCUGACCUGGAGUCCGUGUUCUGAGCAGCACUCAGUAAGAAGGUGACUGACUUGAUUCAUUUUCUGCUUCUCAAGUAUUGA